ACUACUGUAGCUUGCGGAAAACCAGCCAAGUGGAUCGUGUCAUAAAAACAAUCCCCACAAAACUAAACAGCAAACUAACUUCAGCAAACAGAAUAAGUAAGAAUGGCAUCCGUAGCCGCCGCCACCAGCCGAGGGCGCUGUCGCCGCCACGAAGAGCAAGCUAAGCUCCGGGCUAUGAACCGAGCCAAGAUUGCCAACGAACAAAAGGAACUCAAGGCCAGAGCUAGAUAUGUCUUUGAAGACUUAUCGAGGGAUGGAGAGUGGCUAGAGGAAUCCCAAUUCAAGGAAUUUUUCCUGGGCGUCUUUGGCACCCGCAAGCUAGACAAAGAUGCUCUUAGGCUCGUAGUGAAUACAGCCACCGGAAACAUGGUUCCAGAUGACACCAGCGUUUGCAGUAGCACCAGUACUGGUACUGGUACAAAUAAUAGUACUGGUAGGAGUGGUACUACUGUGCUACCCAAGGAAGCACUGGUGCACGCGGUUAUCAAGUACGAAGAGUACGUUUCCCAGCGCAAAAUGGUGAAUUCUAUGUUUGAAAAGUACGACAAGGCGGGAAGGGGCAAGUUGGGAAGAUCAGAACUCCUUCGGCUCUUGCAAGACAAGGAACGCAAGUCGCACCGGGCUGCCAAAGGCGUUGCCAUUAUGCUCGUGGUAUCGACCAAGGACCUAGAGUACAUAUUGGAGCAGGCAGAUGCAGACCGGGAUGGCCACAUUAGCCGUGCAGAACUCUUGCCGGCAUUGGCGGCAUGGGAUGAAUUGGCCCGGCUCAAGAUGGAACAAAAGCAAAUGGCUGCGUGUUGUAUCAUUCUGUGAUGAUGUAGCUACCUGUACAGUAAACUUUAACAUAUAUCUGAUAUGAUAUGAUAUGAUAUGAUAUGGCUGUAAGAAGAGCAAUUGAAACCCCAUCA